GUUUUGAGAUUAUUUCAGCAGGUGACAGCAUCUGACAAGAAUGCUGGAAUUCCUUGCCUGGAAGGACACAAUGGUAUUCUUAAUCCUACUGGUUACACUGGCAGUGAUGUCUCCAUCUACAUUGGCGGUGAGAUGGAGAUAAUGUUGUGUGAAAAAGGGGAUAAAUUGUUGUUUUCAAGAAAGGAUGAUGGAAUAGGUAAGCGCAAGUGGGAAUGCACUCUCAGUGAAAGUGGCAUAAUUAGCAGACACUUUUUUGUUAUGAAACUACAGGCUCGAAAAGCAAAGAGGCAAAAUGACUUCUGGGGAAUUUGGGGAGAAUGGGGUGAAUGCAGCCGAAGCUGUGGUGGAGGCAUCAGUCUUCGGCACAGGCACUGCUACUCACGGAGGACAGAUGGUGGAUCCAGUUGCAUAGGACCAGCCCAAAGUUAUCGCUCAUGCAACGUUCGGGACUGUCCUGAGGGCUCCAGAGAUUUUCGAGCGGAACAGUGUGCCGAGUUUGAUGGGACAGAAUUUCAAGGGAAGAAGUACAAGUGGCUCCCUUACUAUGGAGCUCCCAAUAAAUGUGAAUUAAACUGCAUCCCAAAAGGAGAAAAUUUCUACUAUAGGCAGAAAGAAGCAGUCAUUGAUGGAACUCCUUGUGAACCAGGAACAAACGAUAUUUGUGUGCAAGGGACCUGUCGCGCUGUUGGCUGUGAUAAAAUGCUGGAUUCUUCCCAAAAAGAAGACAAGUGCCUGCAGUGCGGUGGGAAUGGAAGAGCUUGUUUUGAAGUCAAGGGACUCUUUGAUGUGCCCAAUCUCCCUAAAGGCUACAAUCAAAUCUUUGUCAUUCCGAUGGGAGCCACAAGCAUCCGGAUCAAGGAAGCAACCCCUACCAGGAACUUCCUGUCCAUCAAGAAUGUACAAGGAACAUAUUAUCUGAAUGGGCAGUGGACAAUUGAGUAUAGCCAGGCCUUGCCUAUUGCUAGCACAGUGAUGCAUUAUGAGAGAGGUUCUGAGGGGGAUCUGGCUCCAGAGCUUCUACAUGCCCGGGGUCCCAUCACCGAACCUUUGACAAUUGAGCUUAUCAGCCAGGAACCAAACCAAGGAGUGCAUUAUGAAUACUAUUUGCCAUUCCAAAGGCAAACAUCAAGCUACAGCUGGGGCUACGGCUCCUGGAGUGACUGUAGUGCUGAAUGUGGUGGAGGUUAUCAGUCUCGGCUGGUCUUUUGUACCAUUGACAAUGAAGCAUAUCCAGAUUAUAUGUGCAGAGAUAAACCAUGGCCAGGAAAUAACCGAACCUGUGGCCUCCAGGCCUGUCCCCACACAAAACGCUGGAAAACUGGUGACUGGAGCCAGUGCUCUGCCACCUGCGGAGGGGGCAUUCAAAGCCGUUCAGUUUACUGUGCCACGUACAAUGGACAUAAUUUUCAGGAUGCUGUGGAUGAUACCGAAUGCGCCUCCUUAACAGAGAAACCGCGCAGUGCGCAGCCUUGCAACCUGCAGCGGUGUGCCACAUGGGUUACAAGUCUUUGGUCUGAGUGUUCAGUAAGCUGCGGUGAAGGUAUUCAAACCCGGACUGUAAGCUGCCAGUCUGAACAGGGCCCUCAGAUUCUAGAUGUUGCUUGCUUGAGAGAACGAAAACCUCCGCACACUCAGCCCUGCAUCGGGGAGAAUUGUAUACAGGAGAUUGGCUGGCAUAUUGGAGACUGGGGACUGUGCUCAAAAAGCUGUGGUUCUGGUAUCCGAACCCGCCAAGUCAUCUGUGCUGAUGGUGAUUCCAAAUUCUACGGUCAUGAGAUUUGCCAAGAGAUACAGCCACAGAUACCAACCAUGCUUGGGAGCUGCAAUACACAACCUUGUCAUCUGCCCCAACAGGUUCCCAGUAUGCAAGACAUCACAGGGUUCAAUAUCAGCCGUCGGACAUUAUUGACCCGCUACCAUCCUGACCAAGGCACUGAAGUUUCUAGACAUGAAAGAAUAAUCCAAACUGGCUCUACUCAUCGCCAGGUCCAGCCAAAUGAGAAUCCUCGCUCCAAUUUCUUACCUCUUGGAUGGGAUUCUUACUCAGAUUCUUCUGUGUCCCGUCGGUCCCAUUCUUAUCCAAAUGGUGACGGUAAUGAUCAAGACUGCAACCAUACUCCUCAUGGCUGUUGUUCAGAUGGUCGCACUGCUGCAGCAGGUCGCUUUGGCCAAGGUUGCCCACUUGAUUCUUGCCAUUUGAGCAGAUAUGGGUGCUGCCCUGAUGGAAUAUCACGUUCCCAUGGACCUAACCAAGAAGGGUGCACACAAUACUACAGUGAUGUUUACAUAAGCAGAAAUCUUGUUACUCCCACUCCAACAGCAAGCCAAGGUCUUGCCCAGCAGGUGCCAACAGAGGAAUGCCGAGGUUCUAUAUAUGGUUGUUGCUAUGACAACAUUGCCUCUGCUUUAGGGCCUCAAGGAGAAGGAUGUCCCACAAGACUCAGCCAAUCUUAUCCUGUCCAGUGUCUGUUACCCAGUGCCCAUGGUUCCUGCACAGAUUGGACAAUACGUUGGUAUUUUGUAAGCGAUGUUGGAAAAUGCAAUCGAUUUUGGUAUGGAAGUUGUCAUGGGAAUAAGAACAACUUCGCUACUGAAGAAGAAUGCAUGAAAACCUGCCACGGAUCAAUGGGAAGAAGCUAUGUGAGUAUUCACCAUCAUGUCGCAAGUCCUAACGUCCGCUCUAGUUCUCAACUGCAAGAAGGGAACACAGAGGUAAAACCACAACAAUUUGGAAGAACUAUAAGUCACAGAACAGGAAAUGAGGGUCAUAGUGAUAGGACUUCCUCCAAUCAAGAUUCCUUACCUGAAUCUGAACAAGGAACUAGCUUGCUAGGAAACCAGCCAGAAAGGUCUCAUCACUCAAGUACUCUUGAUGAAAUUAAAAGGGGCACAAUAGACCAUAUGCAUGGUUUGAGUGAGACUGUGAUUUCCAGACACUCAGAGAAGCAGCUGACUGUGAAUGGCCAGACCACACAACAUGAAGAGUGGAGGAGGGAAUCUGGAACAGAUGGGUUAACACAGAGAAGAUUUGGGUAUCAAAUCCCACAAGGUUCUACUUUUCAAUAUUCUCUGAACAGAAUCUUCUUGGAUGGAUCAGAGUCUUCUGCAGUGGAGGCAGGCCUAGGACAAAGCAUUCGUCUUCUCUGUAAGACAGACAAUUCACACUUAUCUAGAGUUGAGUGGCAGAAAGAUGGACAGCCGAUCUCAUCUGAUAGGCAUACCUACCAGUCUGACAACUCCCUGGUGAUUAGCCAUCUCAGGACCGAGGAUGCGGGGAUCUACAGCUGCAUAAUUUCAAAUGGGAGGGUGGAACGCAGACAGAUCGAGUUGCUGAUCAAAGAAAUCCCUCAAUCUACACUCACUCAGGGAAGAAGGCAUCAACUUACUCAUGACCAAAAUCCCCAGCACAGAAUCUUUGGCACAGGAACUAAUGAUGGGCGAUCACAUGUUUCUUCUCUACAUCCUCAAAUAACAUACAGGUUAAAAAUGUAUAAGAAUGAGCCUUCGAUAGUUGAUGCUAGCAUUGGCGAACAAGUCCGACUGCCUUGUCGCGUAGAGGCUUCCCCCUCUUUAACCAUUGAAUGGCAGAAGGAUGGCCGUCCUAUUUCAUCUGCCAGGCAUAGGCAGCAACCUGAUGGUGCCCUGCUAAUCAGUCAUCUGACAUCUGAAGAUGCCGGCUUCUUUACGUGCAUUGCUUCUAAUGGCCGGGACCAAGAUCAGAAAAAAGUUCAAAUUAGACCUAGAGGAGACCUGAGAAUUAUUGACUUGCUGCCCAGGCUUUCUGUGUCUGAAGGGGAGAAUGCUCAUCUUCACUGUGUUGUGACAGGCAACAAUGUAAACAUAAGAUGGUCAAGAAAUGGGGUUCCAGUAAGAUCAGAUGGUCAUCGGAUCCAUGUGUCUCAAGAUGGAAGCUUGUUUCUAAACAAUGUUCAGCUUGGUGAUGAGGGCUCCUAUACGUGUAAUGCUUACAGUAGCAAUAAUUCGGUCAGUGCCAGUACAGAUGUGAAAGUCAUCAAAAGACGGCCAGAAGUGCCAGCAUCCCUCCCUGUGGACACAAGCAGGGAAUGUGUUGAUCAGCCACACCUUGCUAACUGCGAUCUGAUUCUACAGGCUCAGCUCUGCAACAACGAGUAUUAUUCCAGCUUCUGCUGUGCCAGCUGUUCUCGCCGCUAUGGCUGAGUCACAGGCUGCCUACCUUUCUUACAACCCUACUCCAGAAGCACUCAUCUCCAAUCUGUUUAUCAAGCAUACACACGGGUAGUCAGCACAGCUAAUGUGAGAACAAGGAGAAUAGUUGGCAAAAAUGGUAUCUCCACCUUCCUAAGCUGUAUUUUGUUUUGCAAGAGAAAGACCAAUCCUCUUAACAGCAGGCUGACCUUUUCAUUUAAGGAAAUGAAGAAUUGUUCCACUAGCAAAGCUUAACAAUACAGACAAGAAUUCAAAAUAAGUGGGAAAGUUGCUUCAAGAUAAAUCAAGGAUAGCAGACACAUUUUAAAUCAAACGUAAAAGCUAAAUUAGUGCCAGAACCCACUAAGAAAAACUGCUGACCGCAUUUUUUGUGGAAAUUUAGCAUACUGACCUAGAAACUUGUUUCCUGCGGUUAUAUUAAAUGUCCCUGCAGUUCAGAUAUAAACAGUUACAAGCAGACGAUUGUUUUUUCAGCAGAUACAGGAAACUACUAUUGCUGAGUUAACUAGCAGCAGUGAGUAUCACUUAAUAUUUGUUGGAAAUACGUAGAACACAGAGGCAUCAGAAGAGGAAAAUGCAUGGCGACGUGGCAAGGUUUUGUACUUCAAAUACUCUUAAAACAGGAAGGCUGUAUUUCUUGAAGUAAGUUCAUUAAACAGUGAUCCUCUCUUCCAAUUAAACAUGUAUACAAUUGCAUUAAGGCCUUUGAAAAAGGAAACGAAUUCUGUUUUAUCUCUUCUGCAUAAACAAAUACCAGAG